AUGAGCACAUCCACGCAAGAUAAAAAUGAUGAUCUCGUUCAGAGCGUCGCGGGUGUGACUUCGGACGAUCAAACCAAUGCUGCCGAACGGCGAGCCAAGGGUGAAUUUGUGAGAGGCAUCAGUACAGCUCGAAACUGGAUAUCCGGCGAACAAGGCGCCAUGUUCCCUCCAGCCAAGAUCGCUAUCACCUCUACGUCGCCUAUAAUUGUCCCUGGUGUCAUCGUGUCCUGUUGGGCAGAGCCAUUAUGGGAUUGGAAGAUGUCAUCACAGUGGAUGUUGCUUUCCCAAUCGCUCCAAGAAGACGAACCUCAGGGGUCCCAACUUGUGGAAAUUCUGUCCGGAAGGACAAACAUCACCCAUGAAUACAGGAGCCUUUAUCAAGUUUGA